GCAUCUUGUUUACAUGAUAGUCUCGACUUCUCUUUGACAUGCUAUGCAUGCACCUCAAACUGACACGUUUAUUUCAACACAAAAGGAUGACAACUGUUCCAUUAUCAAAGUAUUUUAAGUGACUUAAAAGUAGAGAGGUCCUCUGUCAUCAGAGCCACCGGAAGCUGUCCGACUGUCGUCGCUGAGGUCUUGUGUUUCCUGUUCACUGGCGGGAAGAGCGAAAGAAUCUGGACCAUCGGUCUGUUUUCAAAACGCACGUUGCUUUUUAAAAUUAUUAUUAGCGCAGUUUCAAUAAUUUAUAAUAAACUGAAUUCCACAUGAUUUGGAUACAUAUAUUAGGUUGACCUGUGCUUAUAGUUUAAAGGGGUUUGAAGCGCGAAACCGAUGGAGGAGCCCGCUGACUCCGUCCGUGGCGGGGCAGCACAGGGCCCCACCGCGCAAGUGGCAGAGAUCCGCUGCCCAAUGGCAGCGCGUCCUAUGCGGCUGCUGGAAUGGAAAGUCAAACCAGGGUCCCUCGUCAAUGUGGACUCGGUGUUGGGGUUAUGUGUUCCCAUCCCGCUGGAGAAAGAGGCCGGGUCUCAGCCUUCAGAACAGCCCAAAAGGCUGCAAGAGAAGAAACUGAAAUCGGAUCGAGCUGGAGUGGUGAAGGACCUAUGUUGUCUACUUGGACAAGUCAUAUCGCCUGGUGCUGUGAUUGUCAGAGUAGAAGAAUGCAGUCAUCCAGUCGUGAUGAAGGGGCUGUGUGCUGAAUGUGGUCAGGACCUCACACAGAUGCAGAGUAAUAAUGGGAGGCAGCAGGCUCACAUCUCCACGGCAAACGUUUCCAUGGUGCACAGUGUCCCCGAGUUGAUGGUCAGCUCUGAGCAAGCGGAGCAGUUGGGCAGAGAGGACCAGCAGAGACUCCACAGGAACAAGAAGCUGGUUCUUAUGGUUGAUCUGGACCAAACCCUGAUCCACACCACCGAGCAUCACUGUCAGCGCAUGUCCAAUAAGGGAAUCUUCCACUUCCAGCUGGGGCGGGGGGAGCCCAUGUUACACACGCGACUGCGUCCGAACUGCAAAGACUUCCUGGAGAAGAUCGCCCAGCUCUAUGAGCUGCAUGUCUUCACUUUCGGAAGCCGCCUCUAUGCGCACACCAUCGCAGGCUUCCUGGACCCUGAGAUGAAGCUGUUCUCCCACAGGAUCCUGUCCAGAGACGAAUGCAUCGACCCCUUCUCCAAGACAGGGAACCUGAGGAAUCUGUUCCCGUGUGGUGACUCGAUGGUAUGUAUUAUAGAUGAUCGGGAGGACGUGUGGAAGUUUGCUCCCAACCUGAUCACUGUGAAGAAGUACGUCUACUUCCAGGGCACAGGAGACAUCAACGCUCCGCCCGGGUCUAAAGAGGCCCAGCAGGCAAGGAAAGCCGGCAGCCAGGCCAGCCGACCGGCAGAGGCCUCGGAAGCAGCAGUAACGUCCGGGCCUACAGCGGGGUCGUCUGCGUCAGAGGAGCGGAGUAACGGCCGUAAGAAACAGCGGUCUAAAGACCACAACAACGGAGGGAGGGUGGAGUCAACAGCCCCCUCAGCCACUCAGGAAGCAGCAGCCAAUGAACGGACUCAACCGGGCGAGGCUGUGGAGGAGGGUCGGGGCGGGGGGGCCGAUGCCAGCACGGCAGCACAGGUGAGCGACAGGACAAAUGUGAAAGAGGAUGUGCAAGGAGAAGAGGAGGAUGGCAGCAGGACAGUGGGCUCCGAGGAGGAAGCUCUUCCUACAUCCUCCACUCCUCCAGACCUCCAUGAGCCCAACAGCAACCUGGACUUUGACCUGUCCAGCGACUCUGACUCUGUUACGUGUAAACCACCCUCAUCAGACAGUGAGGGGGAGUACAGCCAGACCAGGAAGUCCAAACAGGAAGGGGUGGAGCAGGCGGCAGUAGAGGAGCCAUCAGGCGGGGCUGGAGGAAAGGAAGAGGGGGUUAUUAAGCAGAAGGGCACCGGGGAGAACAGCUCCGAGGUAGGAGGGGAGACGUCUGUGCUAGUCCUCCCUCCUGAGCAGGAGAACGGGCGCUCAGAUCGGAGGGAGGCUGAGACAAAGUCCCAGAACAGUGAACAGUCAGGAGUCACCAUGGAGGAGGAGGAGGUGGACCAGGAUAACCACCUCAUCUACCUACAAGAGGUGCUGGAGCGUAUCCAUGGAGAAUACUACGCCCGCUACAGCGCCUUCCUCAGGAAGGAACGCCCAGAGACGCCUGAUAUCAGGAAGGAACGCCCAGAGACGCCUGAUAUCAGGAAGGAACGCCCAGAGACGCCUGAUAUCAGGAAGGAACGCCCAGAGACGCCUGAUAUCAGGAAGAUCGUCCCGGAGCUGAAGGCCCGGAGCCUGGAGGGCACCACCAUUGUGUUCUCUGGGCUGUACCCCACCAACUACCCAAUGGAGAGAACCAGGGAGAACUACCACGCCAAGGCCCUGGGAGCAAAGAUAGGCAAGAGCCUCCUGCUCAGCUCUAAAGACCCUGGCAGAACCACGCACCUCAUUGCUGCUAGAGCAGGUACAGAGAAGGUGCGUCAGGCCCAAGGCUGUAAACGCCUCCAUGUGGUGAAUCCUGACUGGCUGUGGGGAUGUCUGGAGCGCUGGGAAAGGGUGGAUGAAUCACUGUAUCCACUGAAGGAGGACUACACCAAGACCCAACAGCUCAACAGCCCAGCCACGUUCCCUGACCACCAAGGGUCCUUCCAGAACCCCCGUUCCCCCCGGCCCCUCCACCUCCCCCCUCCAGCUGCCCCUGAGGUGCGGACGUACGACCCGGUCACGGGGAAGCUGAUUCGCCGCGGGCUUCAGGCCUCUAGACCACCAUCUUACCUCCAGGCCUCCAUGUCUGCUGCCCACGGUGACCAGACAUCCCUGAGGGGGGGUCAGAAGGACCAGCAGGGGGAGACGGCGGGUCCCUCCAGUCGAGACGAGGAGCAGCCUGGACCCUCCUGCCGCCGCAGGGAACGCCAGCCCAGCAUGUCAGAGACCAACCCUCUCUACACAUUCUGUAAAGAAGACCUAGACAGCAUGGACAAGGAGGUGGACGACAUGCUCGAUGAGGAGAGCGACGAGGAGGGAGAAGGCCGGGGGAAGAAGACGAUGGAAGAGCAGAUGGAGGAAGAAGAGGGGCAGCGGCCAAAGGGUAGUGGACAGAGCACUGAGGGAGAGAAGCACCACCAACGGCACCACCACCACGAGCAGCAGCACCAUGACCAGCUGAAGCAGCACUAUCACCAGCUGCAGCAGCAGGGUCUGGCUACCGUUGUAGAGGAGACUGAGAAAACACAGACGCCGCCUAGUCACCAGGGCGGUACAACGACGGCGGACAGCGUGCCAAGGGGACAGAAGCGCAAGCUUGCUGAGGCCAAGGAGGAGGAAGAGGGGGAGUCGGCGGACGAGUCCACCAAGGAUUCUAAUGAGGAAGAGGAAGGAAGCAGCUCAGAGGCUGAUGAGAUGGCCGCUGCCCUGGAUGCGGAGCUCAACAACUUCAUUUGACAAGGAUGAAUUUGAUUGGACAAAAGAACUGGGGCGUUUGAUUGGACGUUUGUGAACGACGCCUCACAGAAACACUCUUAAUUUCCCCAGCAGAUUUACGUCCAGGUGGUGCCUGAAUCUUUGUCUCUACGCUGUGUGCCGUGUGUGUGUGUGGAUGUGUUUUAACGAGGUUGAAUGUGUUGUACAGAAUGAAAAGGUAGGUUAGUACAGUAGGAAAACGUCGGUGUGUAAAUAUACGCUCAAAAAAAUAAAGGGAACACUAAAAUAACACAUCCUAGAUCUGAAUGAAUGAAAUAUUCUUAUUAAAUACUUUUUUCUUUACAUAGUUGAAUGUGCUGACAACAAAAUCACACAAAAAUGAUCAAUGGAAAUCAAAUUUAUCAACCCAUGGAGGUCUGGAUUUGGAGUCACACUCAAAAUUAAAGUGGAAAACCACACUACAGGCUGAUCCAACUUUGAUGUAAUGUCCUUAAAACAAGUCCAAAUGAGGCUCAGUAGUGUGUGUGGCCUCCACGUGCCUGUAUGACCUCCCUACAACGCCUGGGCAUGCUCCUGGGCAUGCUCCUGAUGAGGUGGCGGAUGGUCUCCUGAGGGAUCUCCUCCCAGACCUGGACUAAAGCAUCCGCCAACUCCUGGACAGUCUGUGGUGCAACGUGGCGUUGGUGGAUGGAGCGAAACAUGAUGUCCCAGAUGUGCUCAAUUGGAUUCAGGUCUGGGGAACGGGCUGGCCAGUCCAUAGCGUCAAUGCCUUCCUCUUGCAGGAACUGCUGACACAUUCCAGCCACAUGAGGUCUAGCAUUGUCUUUUAUUAGGAGGAACCCAGGGCCAACCGCACCAGCAUAUGGUCUCACAAGGGGUCUGAGGAUCUCAUCUCGGUACGUAAUGGCAGUCAGGCUACCUCCUGCGAGCACAUGGAGGGUUGUGCGGCCCCCCAAAGAAAUGCCACCCCACACCAUGAGUGACCCACCGCCAAACCGAUCAUGCUGGAGGAUGUUGCAGGCAGCAGAACGUUCUCCACUGUGUUUCCAGACUCUGUCACAUGUGCUCAGUGUGAACCUGCUUUCAUCUGUGAAGAGCACGGCACCAGUAGCGAAUUUGUCGAUCUUGUUGUUGUCUGGCAAAUGCCAAACGUACUGCUUGGUUGGGCUGUAAGCCCAACCCCCACCUGUGGACGUCGGGCCCUCAUACCACCCUCAUGGAGUCUGUUUCUGACCGUUUGAGCAGACACAUGCACAUUUGUGGCCUGCUGGAGGUCAUUUUGCAGGGCUCUGGCAGUGCUCCUCCUUGCACAAAGGCGGAGGUAGCGGUCCUGCUGCUGGGUUGUUGCCCUCCUACGGCCUCCUCCACGUCUCCUGAUGUACUGGCCUGUCUCCUGGUAGCGCCUCCAUGCUCUGGACACUACGCUGACAGACACAGCAAACCUUCUUGCCACAGCUCGCAUUGAGGUGCCAUCCUGGAUGAGCUGCACUACCUGAGCCACUUGUGUGGGUUGUAGACUCCGUCUCAUGCUACCACUAGAGUGAAAGCACCGCCAGCAUUCAAAAGUGACCAAAACAUCAGCCAGGAAGCAUAGGAACUGAGAAGUGGUCUGUGGUCACCACCUGCAGAACCACUCCUUUAUUGGGGGUGUCUUGCUAAUUGCCUAUAAUUUCUACCUGUUGUCUAUUCCAUUUGCACAACAGCAUGUGACAUUUAUUGUCAAUCAGUGUUGCUUCCUAAGUGGACAGUUUGAUUUCACAGAAGUGUGAUUGACUUGGAGUUACAUUGUGUUGUUUAAGUGUUCACUUUAUUUUUUUGAGCAGUGUAGUUGUAGAUCAUUUUUAGGGUUAAUGUAGAAACUUUCGACAGUUUUAUUGUAAGAUUAAAAAAAAUAGGAGAGAUUUUGGCUAAUUUAGUAUUACUUGAGGUUUUUUUUUCACAUUAAAGACUUUUAUAUAAAUUCAACAAAUUACUUAAUUCAUUGGUCGUAUGAUGCCAAAGAGUUUGAACUAGGCCAAUCAGAGCCUGCAGCUAAAGAUUUUACUCUGACAUCACAUCCUGUGUUCCUAUUUCCUGUUGUUUUUUAGGGGUGAACCAUUAAAACAUUGUUACCAGCAGAACGACUAA